ACGUCAAAACCCUGUGACAUCCCGUCGAACGCGAGGGAUGAAACCGUAUUGUUUAGUUUGUAAACUUUUAGUAAACAUAUAGUCUUUAUAAAGAUGGUCAAUGAUGAAUCUGCUGAGGUUUUGCCAAAAUGUUGUGGUGUGUGAGCAAUACCAAAAGAGGUGCAAAACAGUUUCUGGGUGGUCUUCACUGAAAGAACAGUUUGUAUUGAUGUCUCUUUUAAAUUUAACCAUGUAAUGAUUAGCAGGGUAAUAUCUGUGAAUUAUUCUGAACGACACUUCUUUCAUCUUGUUUACUAUCAGGUAACCUAUCUGUGAGGAAUCAUCCAAACCUUUUUCCAACUUUCAGUGAAUGUAAAACAACUAUUUGGCGAUCAGUGACGCUGUGUUGGUGUUUGGCAGAUGUCCCGAGAGCAGCUGGUUGUACAACAGGCCAGGAAGUCUUUCCAGACAGGAAAAAGCAAACCUCUGCAGUACAGGAUCCUCCAGCUGAAGAGUCUGCUCCGCUUCAUCUCAGAGAGACGGAGGAACAUUGCAGAUGCUGUCAAAAGGGACCUCGGCAAGAGUGAAAAUGGGGCUGAGCUGUUUGAGACACUGGGACUGGAGGGAGAGAUCAAGCUGGCUAUAGGGAAACUGGCAGAGUGGGCGGCUCCUCGUCCGGUAGAGAAGAACCUCCUAACCAUAUCAGAUGAGGUUUAUGUGCAGCCAGAGCCUCUGGGAGUGGUGCUCAUCAUCGGGGCCUGGAACUACCCCUGGGCUGUCACCCUCCAGCCGCUCGUCGGAGCCAUUGCUGCUGGGAAUGCAGCAGUAAUUAAGCCAUCUGAGGUCAGCCCUCACUCUGCCAAGGUCAUGGAGGAACUUCUCCCUCUGUAUCUAGACAAAGAUCUGUACCCAGUGGUGACAGGUGGAGUGGCAGAGACCCAGGAGCUGCUGAAGCAGAGAUUUGACCACAUUUUCUACACAGGAAACAGCACAGUGGGUAAACUGGUGAUGAAAGCUGCAUCUUACCACCUCACCCCAGUGACCCUGGAGCUGGGAGGGAAGAGCCCCUGCUACAUCGACAAGAGCUGUGACAUCACUGUCGCAUGUCGUCGCAUCACGUGGGGAAAGUUUGUCAACUGUGGCCAGACGUGCAUCGCUCCAGACUAUAUCCUGUGUGAACCCUGCAUCCAGAGCCGAGUAAUAGAAGAGAUCGAGAAGAGCAUCAAGGAGUUUUACACCGAUGAUCCAAAAAGCUUUGAGGACUACGGACGCAUUAUUAACCAGCGGCACUUUAAGAGGGUUAUGGCUCUCAUGGAGGGGAGCAGCGUUGCUGUUGGUGGAGACAGUGAUGAAUCCCAGUGCUACAUAGCCCCCACUGUGCUGAAGGAUGUGACGAGGGAUUCCAAAGUGAUGAAGGAGGAGAUCUUUGGGCCUCUGCUGCCCAUCAUCGCAGUGAGCGGUGUAGACGAGGCCAUCCAGUUUAUUAAUGAGAGAGAGAAACCUCUGGUUGUGUAUGUCUUCUCCCAUGACAACAAGCUGAUCAAAAGGGUUUUAGCGGAGACGUCCAGUGGAGCUCUGCUGGCUAAUGACUGUCUGGUACACUUUACAGUUAGCGCUCUGCCCUUCGGAGGAGUCGGUAACAGUGGUAUGGGCUGUUACCACGGCCGCUACAGCUUUGACCAGUUCAGCCACCUGCGCAGCUGUCUGAUCAAGCAGCUGAAGAUGGAGGCAGUCAACAGCAUGCGUUAUCCACCUCACACCGCCAAAAAGCUGGGCUGGGCUCGAUUCCUUCUGCUCAAGCAGGUCAACGUGUGCAAGCUGCAGCGCGUGUCACUGGUGAUCAUGUUGGCAGGCUUGGCAGCAUUUGUGGUGCAGCGGUUCCUGCGACGAGGCUAAGGAACAAACUGCUGGCCUGAGUUGAACCCUGUGCAGGUGAUCCUGGGAUAGCCACACGGGCUUCUGACCUAUAGUGGAUCGCUGCUGUGAUUGACUGAUCCAUAGUUUCUCAUUCAUGUUACUUUGUUACACCUUAAGAUACUGACAUACUAUUUUAUUAUUUUACAUAAAUUGUAUAGCUCUAUAUUUUCAUUUAACCUAAUAAAUGGAGAUCCUUGUUUAUAUUUUGACAU